AUGCUGAGAUAUAAACAUUGGGUGUUUGUCGGUGCAGUGUUGCUAUUCGGUGGUUGUUAUGGACAAGUUGCACCCUUUUACCCAGCACAGUCAGAUCAGACCUCUGGGAGUUUGGUAGUAGCUGGUUCUAUUGGAAUUUUGUCCUUUGCAGCUAGCGCAGCUUUGGCUGCCAUGACUGGUCUGCAAAACACCAGAAUUCGCAACAUGCCAAAAGAACCAGACAUGACUUGCGAAGAUAAUCUUGCUGAAGAAAAAGAAAAAUGCGAGGAGGAGAAAAAAGAUAUAAGAGAUGGGGAACGAGCUGCACUUGAAAUAUUUAGAAAAACCAUACGAGGGACUUGUAAAGAAUGGGUGCCAUUCGCCGAACCUGACUGUAUAACUUGUUUGAAAUACUUUGAUGACGAAAUGGCUUGUAGCAGUGACGUCACAUGCAUCUUUGCAGACGGAGUUUGUUUGUUUGACACGUCUAAAGUUGAUGGCUAAACUCAUUG